AACGGGUAAGCUCUCGCGAGAGAGCGCUUCAGCCCAGCCAGGCGUCGUGCGAAUAGCAGCUGGUCGGGAAGGCUGAGGUGGAGCCAAAGCGGAGCGGAAGAUGUCGGACAGCGAAGACAGCAACUUCUCAGAGGAGGAGGACAGCGAGCGCAGCAGUGAUGGCGAGGAGGCCGAGGUAGAGGAAGAGCGACGGAGUGCAGCAGGCAGUGAGAAGGAAGAGGAGCCUGAGGAAGAAGAGGAGGAGGAAGAGGAGGAGGAAUAUGAUGAAGAGGAGGAAGAGGAAGAUGAUGACCGGCCCCCCAAGAAACCUCGCCAUGGUGGCUUCAUUCUUGAUGAGGCUGAUGUGGAUGACGAGUAUGAGGACGAAGACCAGUGGGAAGAUGGAGCUGAAGACAUCCUGGAGAAAGAAGAGAUUGAAGCCUCCAACAUCGAUAAUGUUGUUCUGGAUGAAGACCGCUCUGGGGCCCGCCGCCUACAGAACCUCUGGAGGGACCAGCGAGAAGAAGAGCUGGGCGAGUAUUACAUGAAGAAAUAUGCCAAGUCGUCUGUGGGAGAGACGGUGUAUGGAGGUUCUGAUGAGCUCUCAGAUGACAUCACCCAGCAGCAGCUGCUCCCAGGAGUCAAGGAUCCCAAUCUGUGGACUGUCAAGUGUAAGAUUGGGGAAGAACGAGCCACAGCCAUUUCCUUGAUGCGCAAGUUCAUUGCCUACCAGUUCACAGACACGCCCCUGCAGAUUAAGUCAGUAGUGGCUCCAGAGCACGUGAAGGGCUACAUCUAUGUAGAGGCCUACAAGCAGACGCAUGUGAAGCAGGCCAUAGAGGGUGUGGGCAACCUGCGGCUUGGCUACUGGAACCAGCAGAUGGUGCCCAUCAAGGAGAUGACAGAUGUGCUCAAAGUGGUAAAGGAGGUGGCUAACCUGAAGCCAAAGUCCUGGGUCCGCCUCAAGCGAGGAAUCUACAAGGAUGACAUUGCUCAGGUGGACUACGUGGAGCCCAGCCAGAACACCAUUUCCCUGAAGAUGAUCCCUCGCAUUGACUAUGACCGCAUCAAGGCCCGCAUGAGCUUGAAAGACUGGUUCGCCAAAAGGAAGAAGUUCAAGCGGCCUCCACAGAGACUCUUUGAUGCUGAAAAGAUCAGGUCUCUGGGGGGUGAUGUGGCCUCUGAUGGUGACUUUCUCAUCUUUGAGGGGAACCGUUACAGCCGGAAGGGUUUUUUGUUCAAGAGCUUCGCCAUGUCUGCCGUGAUCACAGAGGGUGUGAAGCCCACACUGUCUGAGCUGGAGAAGUUUGAGGACCAGCCGGAGGGCAUUGACCUGGAAGUGGUGACUGAGAGCACAGGGAAGGAGCGAGAACACAACUUCCAGCCUGGGGACAACGUGGAGGUGUGUGAGGGUGAGCUCAUCAACCUGCAGGGCAAGGUCCUCAGUGUGGAUGGCAACAAGAUCACCAUCAUGCCCAAGCACGAGGACCUCAAGGACAUGCUGGAGUUCCCAGCCCAGGAACUUAGGAAGUACUUUAAGAUGGGGGACCACGUGAAGGUGAUUGCUGGGCGAUUCGAGGGCGACACAGGCCUCAUCGUGCGGGUAGAGGAGAACUUUGUCAUUCUCUUCUCCGACCUCACUAUGCACGAGCUGAAGGUGCUCCCCCGGGACCUGCAGCUCUGCUCAGAAACAGCCUCAGGUGUGGAUGUUGGCGGCCAGCAUGAGUGGGGGGAGCUGGUGCAGCUGGACCCCCGCACCGUGGGGGUCAUUGUGCGAUUGGAGCGGGAGACCUUCCAGGUGCUGAACAUGCAUGGGAAGGUGGUGACUGUCAGGCACCAGGCUGUGACCCAGAAAAAGGACAACCGCUUUGCUGUGGCCCUGGACUCAGAACAGAACAACAUCCAUGUGAAGGAUAUCGUGAAGGUCAUUGAUGGCCCCCACUCAGGCCAGGAGGGCGAGAUCCGCCAUCUGUACCGUAGCUUUGUCUUCCUGCACUGCAAGAAGCUGGUGGAGAAUGGAGGCAUGUUUGUCUGCAAGAUGCGCCACCUGGUGCUGGCCGGGGGCUCAAAGCCCCGAGAUGUGACCAACCUCACCGUGGGUGGCUUUGCCCCUAUGAGCCCCCGGAUCAGCAGCCCCAUGCACCCCAGCGCUGGAGGUCAGCAUGGUGGCUUUGGUAGCCCUGGUGGUGGCAUGGGUGGUGGCCGAGGGCGGAGAGACAAUGAGCUCAUUGGACAAACUGUACGCAUCUCCCAGGGGCCCUACAAAGGAUAUAUUGGUGUGGUGAAGGAUGCCACAGAGUCCACGGCCCGUGUGGAGCUGCAUUCUACCUGCCAGACCAUCUCUGUGGACCGCCAGCGGCUCACCACAGUGGGCUCAUGGCGUCCAGGUGGCAUGACCUCAACCUACGGACGGACACCCAUGUAUGGCUCCCAGACGCCCAUGUAUGGUUCUGGCUCCCGCACACCCAUGUAUGGCUCCCAGACACCUCUGCAGGAUGGUAGCCGCACCCCACAUUAUGGCUCACAGACACCCCUGCAUGAUGGCAGUCGCACUCCUGCCCAGAGUGGGGCUUGGGACCCCAACAACCCCAACACGCCGUCACGGGCUGAGGAGGAAUACGAGUAUGCCUUUGACGAUGAGCCUACUCCAUCCCCACAGGCCUAUGGGGGAACUCCCAACCCCCAAACACCUGGCUACCCAGAUCCCUCAUCCCCCCAGGUCAAUCCACAAUACAACCCACAGACGCCAGGGACGCCAGCCAUGUACAACACCGAUCAGUUCUCUCCCUAUGCCGCCCCCUCCCCACAAGGCUCCUACCAACCCAGCCCCAGCCCCCAGAGCUACCACCAGGUGGCACCAAGCCCAGCAGGCUACCAAAACACACACUCUCCAGCCAGCUACCACCCCACACCCUCGCCCAUGGCCUAUCAGGCAAGCCCCAGCCCGAGCCCUGUUGGCUACAGUCCGAUGACACCUGGAGCCCCCUCCCCUGGUGGCUACAACCCACACACACCAGGUUCAGGCAUUGAACAGAACUCCAGCGACUGGGUAACCACUGACAUCCAGGUGAAGGUGCGGGACACCUACCUGGAUACACAGGUGGUGGGUCAGACAGGCGUCAUCCGCAGUGUCACGGGUGGCAUGUGCUCCGUGUACCUGAAGGACAGUGAGAAGGUCGUCAGCAUUUCCAGCGAGCACCUGGAGCCCAUCACCCCCACCAAGAACAACAAGGUGAAGGUGAUCCUGGGUGAGGACCGGGAAGCCACAGGUGUCCUGCUGAGCAUCGAUGGUGAGGAUGGCAUCGUCCGCAUGGACCUUGACGAGCAGCUCAAGAUCCUUAACCUCCGCUUCCUGGGGAAGCUCCUGGAGGCCUGAGGCAGGCAGGGAGGUGGACCUCGGCAGGUGACCCUUGAUCCAACCUGGGAUCCUGGCUCUAGAGCAGGCUAGGCUGAUCAUUCUGGAUUUCCUUUCCUUUCCUUUCUGGGUUUUCAUCUCCCUCCCUGAUGCUCAUAGGAAUCAGAGUAGAGCCUGGGAAAGGGUCCCACCUUCUUAUAUCCCUACCCCAGCUUGCUUUUGUGUUAUGGUCUUUCAAUAAAGAGAAGCUGUUUGGUC